AUGCUCCAACACCAGCAGCAGCAGCAGCAGCAGCAACAACAACAACAACAGCAACAGCAACAAUCGCCAGGUGCCAUGAGUAACUACAGCAAUUCACCCACCGAAAAUGACGAGGGUUCAAGGCAAUAUCUUCCAAGGCAAGAAGAUGGUUAUCAACAAGCACAGCAGCUCCAGCAAUCUCAAUAUUAUCAGUUACAGCAUCAACAGCAUCAUCAACAGCAGCAUCAACAGCAACCUCAACAGCAACCUCAACAAUAUCUUCAGCAUCAAUACGUUAAUCCAAUGCUGUUACCCCCACACCAAAAUUUUGUGGCAGCUUGGCAGACAGUUCCAAGCUCACAAACUUCAGAUAAUACAGUACAGCGAUUUGGAUUCAACAGACGGAUGUCAGUUCAACAAACUCAAAGAUUGCCGCCUUCGGUGAUAAACAAAAAUAUACUGCCCAUACCAGAUGAUCCGUUAAAUAAGGAGUACCCACAGUCUCUACAAUUUAAACAACAUUCAAAUACUGCAUCUCCCGAACGUCCAUUAUUUAAAAGUAUGUGGGGGUUUGACGGCUUGGGUAACUCGGAAGUACCGAUAUCUCCAACUAGCAGUAAUAAUCCAACUUUUCACUCCCCCAAUUUACAGUCAAGCCGCAACAGAAUCCAUUCAAUUGCAGAAAUACCCGACUUGGCAAUAAAUCAACAAUCAUUACCGCCCUCAUCAUCAGUUAGACUUGACAAAAGUCUAAGUGUCAGUCCCAAUAGAGGACCGACGUAUGCGAAUGAGGCAAAUAUGUUAACACCUUCUACUGAUCCAAAUGACCAGUUAAAUCAGUUUACAUUGACAAGUAGAGGCUUACGCAGUAGUUCAUUUGCAGUCCCAAAAUCAAAGCUGAACAUGUAUUUCCCCACAACUUCCCAGAAUGAAAAAGUUGAUCAAUUUCAACAACAACAGGCUCAACAGCAGUACAAGCAGGCUAAUAGUCAAUAUGCUCUGCCAUAUGUUAGAAAACAACAAUUGCCACAUCAAAGUCAGCAUCUUCAACAGACUGAUACAUAUCGCCGUUUAUCGCAGCAGUAUGAUCCAAGGCUUCAACAUUUUAUGAACAAUAGAUCUAAAAAUGUCCUUGAAAGCCAACAACAACAGAUCAUUCCUCCCUUACGUGCAGAUGGCCCGGUUCCUCAUUACAUACACAUGGAAACUACAAAUAAUAACAACUUUAAUACAUUGAGAAGAGGAUCUGUAGCUGCGGUUUAUCAUCAGCAACAGCAACAGCAUCAACAGGAGCCGCAUUCUGCUGGAAAUCAACAAAUGGUUUCUCCAAACAUGAAUCUUUUAUGGGAUUUUAAUCAAUCAGGAGCCCCUUCAAGUCAAUUUCUCGAUGACUCUUACAAUAUUAGUGAUUCGCAGAUUAGUCGAUUCGAUUCACAAUAUGUUUAUCAGCCGCAGUUGAAGACACCGAAAUUCACACCGGUGAUGUCGGCAAAAGAUUUGGAACCAAUUAUUAAUGAAAAGCCCAAAUUCAGACGUGUCUCAACUUCCCAAAAGUUUGUUUCACCCUUGAAAGCAUUGACAACUGACUUAAGUUUGAGUUAUUCGAUGUGUGUGCCCGAAUAUAACUAUCAAACAAGUAAAAACCCAAGAAGAGUGUUAACAAAGAACAAUAAGCCAUACCAUAACAAUGGUUAUGAUAAUGAAAAUCAUGACUACAUUUUACAUGUUAAUGAUAUUCUGGGUACAGAGGAAAACAAGAAGUACCUAGUUUUAGAUAUUUUGGGUCAAGGAACGUUUGGGCAAGUUGUAAAAUGCCAGAACUUGAAAACCCAAGAAAUCGUUGCCGUGAAGGUUGUUAAAGCAAUCCAGGAAUGUUUACAGCAGUCAAUGGUUGAGGGAAACAUCUUGGAAUUCUUAACAAAGAGAGUUGAUCCUAAAUACGAAAAAUACUUUUGUACUUUGAAGGAUAAAUUUAUGCAUAGAUAUCACCUUUGUUUGGUGUUUGAACUACUAAGCUCAAACCUAUAUGAGUUGAUCAAACAAAAUCAUCAUCAUGGCUUAAACAUUAAACUUGUUCGAAAUUUUUCAGUCCAAAUAUUGGAGUCUUUAUGCGCUUUGAAAGAUAUUAAACUAAUUCAUUGCGACUUAAAGCCAGAAAAUAUCCUGUUAACAAGUUUGAACAAACCAGAUCUAAAGAUAAUUGACUUUGGUGGUGCAUGUCAAGAAAGGCACACGGUAUACACAUAUGUUCAAUCCAGGUUUUACAGAUCACCGGAAGUCAUUUUAGGUGUGGAGUAUUCUACUUCUGUCGAUAUGUGGUCGUUUGGAUGUAUUGUUGCGGAAUUAUUUCUUGGUUUGCCCUUAUUUCCUGGUGCUUCGGAAUAUGAGCAGUUGGUUAGAAUCGUUGACACCUUUGGAAUGCCACCCUUUUGGAUGAUGGUUGAGAAAAAAUCCAAUAACUACAUUGUCAAAACUCCCAAUUCGACAGGUGAUGGGAAUGGUAAGUUCAACUACAGGUUGAAAACGUUGAGUGAAUUUAACCAUGAAUAUAAUCUCCAUGAAAGCACACCAAAGCAGUACUUUAGCGACACAAGGUUGGAUGAUAUUAUAAUGAAAUACAGGUUACCCAGAAAGGACAUGACUGAAGAAAUGGUCAAUAAGGAAAUGCAUGAAAGGUCAUGUUUAGUUCAUUUUCUUAAAGGUGUAUUAAACAUCAGCCCACUAGAGAGGUGGACUCCACACGAAGCAAUCCAUCACCCAUUCAUAACGGGAGAAGAAUGGACCGGUUCUUGGAGCCCGCCAACGGCUAAAUACAGCUCUAAUGCCAAACAUGUUCGUUCAAAUAGUCUUGUAUAG